UGUUUCAUUGAUUCUAUGCUUCACUUGUGGUACGACAGAAUCAUGAAAAUUAGUUUAAUAAGUAAAUAGCGUCGCUGCGAAAAAGUGUUCAGUUGAAGCGAGUGCAUUUGUCUGGACGAAGAACAGGCUAAGUUAAUUUAUUUUCAUUUGUGUACGUGGUCUUUUCGAGCCAACCGGCUGGUCGAAAGUAUAAGCUGUGUGAAAUGAACGGGGAGAGUUUUCAAGCUUUUCAAACCGAUGCCAAAGCAAGUUUCCCACCUUUGCCAAUGUAUGGUCGAGCUUUUGGGUAUUAAGUAUGAACAACGAUUAUAAAUCGCCGAGAAUGAGAUCAAAAUUAAGCUGCACGUAUUGCGCUUUGAUGAUGGUAUUUCUAAUGUGCAGUAGUUUGCUGUUUAUUCUGGUAGCUUCAGAAGCCUCAACGCCGUUGCAGCAACAAUCCGAUCAUCGGAAGCCGCAAGAUGACUCAACGUUUGUUCGGCAAAAAAGCAACCUCCCGGCCAAAGAAUCCAGUAAAACCAGUGAAAAGUCACACAAUCCUGCCGAUAUCGAAGUGAUGCACGGUGACAGUGAAUCGAAACAAAGCACUCAGCUUUUAAGUGAAAUUGAGAAGAUAGUGAACGGAAAUGCUCCUAGGGCCAGGGUGGGUGAAGUGCGAGCAAGGAAAGCACGAAGAAAUCACGAUCUAGGCAAACGGUCUCGGCAUGCCAUUUCCCGGAAAGAAAACAUACUGGUGGAGAAGCCAACCAAACUGGUGAAGUCCCCGGACUUGAACGACGUCAUCUUUCUGGAAACCGUGUCCAAAAAUGCCGGUGUCACCAACAGCGGAUUACAGAAUAUUCCUGGUCCCCCAUCGGUAGUCACUUUGGUGGACCAUCAGAACAAUGAGCUCAACAUUGAAUCGAAGCUUGAGGAAAACAUUGAAGCAACGCUGAAAAACAUCAGUCAUCAGAUCGCUGAUCCUAGCAGUGUCGAUGACGUGCACGUAGACGUGGUAGAAGAUGAAACAACUCAACCGUUGGAACAGUUGGGUUCCACUGAUAUACCGAUCCGGACUGAUUCGGAACAAUCGGAACAGUUGGAGGAGAAAAUUAAUGAUUCCGGUGGUCCAGAGAAUACAGUGCUCGAUCAAACUACAGUUCAAAACAUCACCGGAGACUCGCCUCUGGGGUCAGAGGUUAACUUGACGGAGGAAAACCCUAUGCCAGUAUUCUCCGAGUGGGCCCAGAAACAGAUGGCUGAUGCCGAGAAAAAGCUCGGUGAAAACGUCAACGCCUCGACGAUGAAGCGAAAUAUGAAACCGUCGAGUAGCAAAACGCCUUCUCUACAGUUGCGAGUGAAAAAUUACGCUGCUCCGGAUUGUGGCGCCAAGAUAAUUGCUUCCAAUCCAGAAGCGCAGAGUACGGGAUCGGUGUUAACAUCUCACAAGGACGAAUAUUUGCUGAAUCCUUGCACGAGCCGAAUUUGGUUUGUGGUCGAGCUGUGCGAGCCGAUUCAGGCCGAACGGAUUGAAAUGGCAAAUUUCGAGCUGUUCUCAUCGUCACCGAAGGAUUUUUCCGUUUCGGUUACCAAUCGGUUUCCCUCUAGAGAUUGGGCUAACGUUGGACAGUUUACUGCGAAGGACGAACGCGAUGUUCAGAGCUUUAAUCUCCAUCCACACCUGUACGGGAAGUUUGUUCGUGUGGAAAUUCAUUCGCACUACAAUUCGGAGCAUUACUGUCCAGUGUCGUUAUUUCGUGUUUAUGGCACGUCAGAGUUCGAAGCCUUCGAAACGGAUAAUACGCCCUCGGGAGACGACAAUGACGAGGAUGAUGUCGAUGUAGUCGUUUCUGCUUCUCAGCUAGGAGAGGAAGCUUUGGUAGGCAUCAAUCAAAAGGAAGAAGGCCUCGAUUCUACUGCAAACAAGAUGAAAAAAACCGAUAAUAUCCUCAAAUCGGCCGGCGAGGCUGUAAUGAAUAUAGUUAAGAAAGCGGCAGAAGCACUAGGUAAAGCCAAUGAGGGCAAAGAUCAGGGAAAUAAAACCUCUCACACUGCUGAGGGCGAGAUAGUGGGUGAUAAUAAUCAUAACAUUACUUUUGAUAAUAACAAUCCGUCUGACAUGGCGACCCUGCCUCAUCCGUCUCGAAGUAGAUGCUGGUCGUUGGCGUACGAACCGCAAUGCGAAAAUUGUCCGCUUGAUCUCCGGACACGUCUACAGCAAACGAUGAAUUGUAAAUACAAUCUUCUGGAUAGUUUAUUAAGUACCGAAAUAGUCAGUGCGUUGUUCGAGGAAUCUCAGCAUUUGCUUUGUGCCAAUAUAGUAGGAUUUAGUUUCAGUGAAAAUGUAGAAUAUGCUAGCUGGAAUAUCGGUGGAAGUGUAUUAGGUUGGUUGUCGGUUGAUUUUCUAGCCGGAUUUUGUAACAUUCGGGCGUAUGAGAGAGGUCUAAUUGAACCAAUAGUUGCGGAAAUACCAACCGAAAAUCGAGAUUUGGAGCGAACCGUCACAGAACAAGAUUCAAUCUUGAGUUCGUCAAACGGAGAUGAUUCACCUAAAGUCGAUGAAGAACAACCAGCAUUAGUAGUGAUUCCAACGGUUAAUACUGCGACGAAAGAAGACACUGUCCCAGUUGUUCCUAGUUCACAAGAGGACCAGCAAAAAGUAGCAGCCCAAGAGGACGUAAAUAUUUUCAAUCUCCAUGAGGAAAUCAGUGCCGAUGUACAAGGUGUAGAUCAACCGAAGCAAGUGGAAACAACCUCUUCGUCGUCCUCCACUGUACAGGGGACGGAGCAGGCUCAAGAGGACAAAGAAAAGGAUUACAUUCUCACUAACGGAGGCCACAUGGAAGAGAUGGAUAAUUUGUUGUUUGACGAACAGCCACCGACGGAUAGUUCUACUGGUGGAGGGGUUGCUACGAACAUUCCCAUCAUUACCAGUACAACGUCCACCACAACACCUACACCAGGCGGAUCGCCGGCAACACAGAAGGGUCAACCGGAAAGUGUUUUUCUUCGGCUGUCAAACAGAAUCAAGGCACUGGAGCGCAACAUGAGCCUUUCCGGGCAGUAUCUAGAGGAACUGAGUCGCCGUUAUCGCAAGCAGGUGGAAGAACUACAGCAUUCCUAUGCUAAAACAUUGCAUGAAAUCGAAGAACAAAACCGUCGCAUCAGGGAAAGUGAGAUGUUACUUCGCGAGGAAAACAAUCGAUUGCGGGAUGAAUUUUUCGCAUUCCGCGACGGUGUGUUUAGUUGGCAAAACGUAACCAUUGGCUUGGGUUCCGUUUUUCUUAUACAAUUUGUGAUUUGUUGGAUGACCUUGAGAAAUUGUCGGAAACGCUCGGUUGAGCCCGAACAUGUCCUCAUCGACAAAGAACUUGCUCAGAUGUCCAGCGGAAAACCCAUUACGGGGAAACUUCUACGAAGAAAGUCAAUUGAUGGAAUGGUAGGAGCCAAUCAGGUUACGCUGGGUACACUGAAAAAGAGACGUCCCAGCGAAGAAGCUUUGAACAUCACUGGAACGUAUGAAAACUUGCUCAUUAAAGAUGGCGGAGGGGGAGAUAUUGCCAAAGUAGAACGAAAGAAAAGUAGAAACAAACAUAGGAAGGUUUCAACUCCAAGCAUGCAGCCGCAUGUGAGUGGAAAGACGAAAAGGGCGACAUCGGCUGAACCCGCAGAUGCAAGAAAAGCCACCAAACCGGAUCUGAUACGAACCGAAUCGGCACCGGAACCGAGACGAAUCACUCCCGAAAUGAUCAAACCAGACGAACACAAUCGCAUAGAUGAACUACCUAUGCUGGAAGAUCACGAUGAGUUCAUCAUCCCGACGGCUUCGGAUCUGUCAUACAACGAAUUUGUCCCGGACUCUACGUCCGAGGUCGUCAAAACCAAUGGGAUGACUUCGUCAACGUCGUCCAUCGAUUCGAAGCAAACGAACAAAUCCGGGAAAGGUCGUCGUCUAUCUUCGCCGGCUUUCUUCAAAUCCUCCUUUCUCCGAGGCAGUCGAAAGGCCUCUGGGAAGAAAUCCACACCCAGCCAAAAUAUAAGCAGUGCCAGUAGUAGUAAUACCAGCAGCAGUGGUAGCAGUAAUGUUAGAAUCAACAUCAAUCUUCAUAAUUCCGGCAGUUACGAAGUGCCAUCUCCGGCUGCAGGCGAUUCCGAUGCCAACGUGACAACAACCAGCAGCGGAAAUGAGUGGUACAAGCUGAAGAAAACAUCUAGUCAAGAUAAGUUCACCAAACGUAAGUCGAAAUCUGAAAGUCCCGAAAUAGAAACGGUUGAAAAUGGAUCCGUGGCGUCCUCGGAUCCGAGGACUGCCGAGCGAAAGGUGAGAACUUCGAUUUCCUUUAACGGCAGUACUAGCUCAAACGAGAGGAAGUUCAGCAACGGCGGCGGAAGCUUUCGCCGUUUGUUCCGAAAGGUGUUCUAGUCGGGUUGCUGUGCCGGUGAGGUCACCGGAGUGGAAAAGUGUUCAUAUUGUUGGUUGAACCAUCGCUGACUACGUCGUCGUGAGAGAAUGGGAGCGUGAGUGUGGUUUCUUAGUACUUGAUAGACUGAUUGCUUAUAAAAAAAACAAAAAUACAUAGUUGGAGCUUUAAAAGCGACAUAUAAGUAAGGCAAGAAAGAAAAAAAUAGCAUGUUUAGUUGAGCAUGUGUUGGCAUUGAUUGCGUAUGUUGAGAGUUUGAUUGAGAUCAUGCAUUUCGAUAGUUAAUUUUAGUUCCUUGAUAACGUGUACUGGAAAACUUGUAUUGAGGUAUAUAUAUACAGCAAAAUUUACUAGCCCAUCUGUAACCGUUUCAAUGGGAUGUAAUUUCUGUGCGUUUUGUCGUUCAAAAGAGCAAGGGUACUUUGUGUUGGAUGUCCUCCGUGGAAAGCUGAAGCUGCAAUAUGGCAUUAGAUUUUCCUUAUUCAAAACUGCUUUGUUUUAACUUUUUUUUUUGGUUUUGAUUUUAGUAAAUCAAAAGUGAUUUACAAGGAGCUUUGACAAACGGUCACUAACGGAAGUGGAAAUGCAGAGUUUUCCCAAAAGGACAUUUCUGCAUAAAAUGUUCAUUUCGACCUAAGUAACAAUGAGAGAUUCUCUUUCUUAGCAAUCCUUCUCUCCAAUUAUUUACCGAUAAUAAUAACUAAAGCUAUCAUCUUUUAAUCUUCACUGAAGAAAUGACCGAAAAAAAAGAGAAUCUCUCAUUGUUGUUACUUAGGUCGAAAUGAACAUUUUGUACAGAUUUGUUGAUUAUAAAACAUCUAAGAGAUUAAAUCGUUAAAAUAUUUACAUUUGUAAACUUUUGAAAUUCAACCCAAAACAAGGUUUUCUAGCUAGUGUAAUUCAUUAAUGUCCCGGGUUGGCGGUUCAAUGCAUAGGGCCAGGUAUGUUCGAGCCCCGACCUGGAAGGGUUCUUAGUGUCAGUAGGAUCCAUAGUUACCAGUCAUGCAAUGAGAUUCUGUACACUAAGAAUCGGCUGCGAAGUCUGUUGAAACAGAAAUGCCAAAUUCCACAAAAGGAAUGUAAUGCCAAGACUUUGCUUUGUAAUUCAUUAAUUCACUUCGAAAUUACAUUAAGUAAAAAAUACAACAAAUUCGAAUAAUGUUUGAUUAUUUAUUGAUGAAAUUACUAUCGAAAUUUGCUUUUCGCAAACGUUUCUAUCUUCUUAAUUCUGAAUUCGACCAUUCCGUCGGCCUACCGUUAAAUAAUCUUUACUCCUGUUCUUGCUCAGGGAAUCCCCUGAAUUCCUCUCCCUCCAUUGCUCCAUUGGGAAAAAGUCGGGAAUUUUAGUGCAAAUUCGGAAAAAAAUUACUAGCCCUAUUGGUAGUAAAUCAUGAUUUCCUGAUUAAACAAAUGAAAAGCUGGAGGCAAUAUUCCAUUUUGUGUUUAAGUGAGAAGUUCAGUAAAAGUUUUGAAACAUCGUAUUGUCCCACACAGGUUUUAUGGUACACAAUCGAUUGGAGAUGGGGCCAAUAUCCCAUGUUUCGUUCAUCAAUUUUUGUAAGGGUUUGGUAGCAAUUUUGAAUGGAUCAGAAAGAAUCAAAGCUUUCUUAGUUGUUAUCAACAACAGCACAUCAAAUGGAUGCUUUUGCUGGAUUUCUGUUAAAUUUUAGAAUAAGUUUGCAGAAUAUAAUUGCAGAAGGAAUAUCAGGUAACAUGUUUAAUAAAAUCAUGAAAAAUUCUUAGGAGCCUUCAUGUUUUUGAGUGGUCUAAUUUCAUCAUAAUUUGUCCUAAUUUCAUCAUAAUUUGUCUCAGUAAUGUCAUCUUAAGACAAUACUUGUGUUGUAAUCUUGGUAUUGAUUUCAAUAGGAUUAAAUUUAAAAAGCUGUCGACUUUGACCUUGUCCACCGUUUGCAAUGAGUAUUUUAUUUCCUUCUUUGAGAGCUGAAAUUGGUACCUGAGAGUUUGUGAAAAACCUUAGAAAGGUUUAGAAGAUGGUUUGAUUUGUUCAGUGAAUGUUUAAUGUUUAAUUUAUAUUAAAGAUGGAUUUCUUAGUAGGAUCACAAGAAUGCGGGUAUUGAUGUCGACGAAGUAUCCAACUUAGAUCAUCUCAGUUACUAGAGGCUUAUGUCGUUUUCGCUUGAUAGCAAACCUAACCCAGUUCCCACCCUAACUGCUGUCAAACCGUUUGUUUGAAGCUAGUUUCGAACCUAGUUUUAACGUUGUUGAACUGAAAAUCGAGUCAGUUUCGAACCUGAUUUUUAUAUCAGGUUUGCUAAAACCCCCGUUGCUAAGUGCGAAAUCAACAGAGUUUAGUGAAAAGUGUCUGUUUCAUGAAACUACCCUGGGUCAGUUUCAGUUUUCUCAAGCGAAAACGACAUUAGAUUGUUGUUGUUUUCCAAAGCGACAAGAGUCCAUUUCAAGAAUUUUAGAAGGAUUUUGUUCUGUUUCGCCAAAAUUCAAUUUUGAAAGAAUAUCGUAUAUGUUGUUAGAUGGAAUCGGGAGGAGAAUUGUUUCUGGUUCAUUUUUAACCUUAGGUAUACUUUUUUUAGACUAUACUAGGCUAAUAUAGUAUUGGAAUACACUAGAGUUGGGCAAUCCGUUCACGAACAGUUCAACGAGUUAUAUCUCCUCGAAAAGUGAGUGAAUUGCAGUUCCUUGUUUAAUAAUGAUAGUUCUCUAUAUAGAAAUGAAAGUAAUCGAAUUCUUUGAGGAUGUAUACAAGUUAGUUGCAUUUUUCGGAAUUUUUGCUGGUAUGAGGAAUCUAGUAGUAGUUACACACAUCCGUGACCUUUGAUAACGUAUAAAAAGAGAAUGAUUGUUGGUGAUAAAAAGAUAAAAAGAGAAUGAUUGCAAAAAAAAAAAAACUAACUAUCAGUGCGGUGAAAUUUCAUUUUCAAUCGAUUAAUAUAAGAUGAAAAUGAAAUUUAUGGCCCCUGACCGUCAGCAUAUUCCUACUAAUGCAAUGCAUUUGACUUUUGCUGCCGUUUUCAAGUGAAGCUCUCAGAAUUCAUCGUCAGUUGAAUAAUCGUACCUAGUCAUUUGAAGUUUUCCUGAUCAGUUUCAAGUGCCAAGUAGUCUAGCUGCUUCAUUGUCUUCGCUGUUGGUAGUGAGCAAGUACGAAUGAAUAGAAUUAUAAUCGGAGUAAAGCAUUAAAAACGAAAACUAAAGGAGGAAACUAUUAAUUUAUAUGUAUACUGUAAUUGAUAUUUUAGCUAUCUAAUUUGUCUUUCAUCUAUUCUGCCCAUACUUGCAUAUCAGUCCCAUAUGGAAAAUCGGCAUGUCAAGAAAAAGACGAUUAAAAUUUUAUUUUCGAAUUUUUUGAUUCAUUGUGCUACCUAAUGCUAAAUUAUGGUAUUAUUACAUGAAAUAUCGGUAACACACCUUUGCUAUUCCAAUAUUGCAACAAAUGAAAUUAUUGAAAUUUACACUAAAUGGGACUGAUAUGCGGGUACUUCACACAAACCCUCAACUUUUAUUGCAAUUUCUGAGAAAAUAUUGAGCAUAGUUUGCAUUCCUCAAGCUAACUCAAUAUUGGCGAAAAUUGAUAUGGGACUGAUAUGCGAGUAUGGGCAGUAUUGUCUUGAACCAAUUAGAAUGUUUACAUAUACCUCAUUUGAAGGCCACUCUCACACUUUUGAAAGAGAUAUUUUGUUACUUCAAGAAAGCAACUGACGGUGGUAAAACUGAGCUUCGAUUGUAAGAGAAACGAGUGAAGAACUGAAUUUCGUCUGUAAUGAAUCUGUAAUCUGUGAAUCCUAAGAGUUUUAAGAACUAUAGAUUUACCAAAAGCAAAAUCUUGGCAUUACAUUCCUUUGGUGGAAUUUGGCCUUCCUGUUUCAACAGACUUCGCAGCCGAUUCUUAGUGUACAGAAUCAUUGCAUGGCUAGUACUAUGGAUCCUACUGACACUAAGAAUCCUUCCAGGUCGGGGCUCGAACAUACGACAACUGGCUUGUAAGACCAGCGUCCUAUGCAUUGAACUGCCAACCCGGGAUAGAUUUUCCAGAUAGCCUAAAUAAGACUUAUUAUUUAGUGGUAGUUUUACAAACGACUGAAUAGUUCGGAAAAUCGAUUCAGCCAUCUCUGAGAAAAUUGAUCGCACGUUACAUAGAUACAUACACAAUUUCAGAUCUUGACAAACUGAUUCGAAUGGUAUAUGACACUCAGCCCUCCGGGCCUUGGUUCCAAAAUCGGUUUUCACAGACUUCUUGUCAUUGUUAUGUGCACUUGGCAUAAUGAAUAUUUUCUAUUUCUAAAUCGAGAUACCCAAAAAAUACUUUAUUUCUCAACUCUCGAUGUUCUUUUGGAUAUGGGAUUCCUAGGAAUAUUCAAAAAAAUACUGAACAUAGGCGAUUCGAGCCUGUUCUAAAAACCGGGAAUUUUUUGUCUCGCGCACCAAGAAAACCGGAAAAAACCGGGAAAUUGAAAUCGGCAAUUCAGUUGCCACCCUGAUUCGCAUCUGGGAACGGUGUGCCAUUACCGGCAGGUUUUCAAUUGUAAUCUGGAAAGUAUUUUUGGAAAAACGUUCUGAAAAAUUAGCUUUUAACCAUCUUCUGUGGUUAUGAGGAUUAUGAAUUUUAUAUCAAACCGCAUCACCUUCCAUCAGAUUGUCAUAAGAUUCAAUUAUACAUAUUAACCUCUUAUCAGUGGGAGGGUGUGGUAACAACAAAUGUUUCUUAUAAUGUCAAGCAAAUCAAUAAGUUUCUUUGGCGUAUAAUUCAGAAUUCUUUCUGAUGGGAAAUUUCCCGCAUUUGUCAAGCAACUGUUUGUAUAGUUAAAUAAAAAUAAAUUUUAUUGAUGCUCUGAAUUUAAUUCUUUAGUUUGCGGUUAGGAAUUAGAAAUUUUUUCAAUACUUCUUUUACCGUUCUCACUAAUCUCUCGGCUUGACCAUUACUAGGUGGAUUGCAAGGUGGACAUUUUAGAACUUUUAUACUCUGCUUUUCUAAAAAAUUACAAAAUUGUAAGAAUUGAUUUGGGACCCCCCGUCAGAAACUAAAAUGUCUGGCAAACCGAACCUGGCGAAGAUAGAUAUCAGUUUUCAUGUAUGCAACCUCGAUCCAUUUGGAGAAAUUGUCCACCACCAACAAAAAUGUACGGAAUCAAUGUGUAUUCUACUGAACGGCCUUAUUGUUGGUGUCCAUUUGGACUCUAUUUUGCGUUUUACUUCAUUUCGUUGCUAUGGUCCCCAAUACCGAAUCUGCACCUUCUUCCGGUUUACUGUCUCUUGUGUUCAUAUUUCCGACAUCUUGAUGGGUCCACGGUUCCCUUUGUCUUCGACUUGCCACCGCAUUCGACCACACCCUCUCGUUCUCUUAGGUAGCUUUGCUAUGCUACCGACAUCCUUCCUUCUUGCACGACCGCGAUGAAUACGUUGGACGCACACGUUGGCCAGGGCUCCGAUUUCUUCUAGAACUAAUCUCUUAAUAAAUUCUACAAUGUAUUGUUUCCACUGAGUUUUUAUACAAAUCAAACUUCGUAAAUAAUUGCAGGCCCAGACUUUUUUUUCUCUUUUAUGACACAAUAUCGCACAUUGUUACACAGGCCCAGACUUGGGGUUCACUCCCACUGCUCGAGCCGCAGACAUCGCCGGACAACUGCCGCUUCUUCACCCGGGACGUAUACGUCCCGAGUCCAGCGGCUACCGCGGUGGAUGAAGCGAUAGAGGUGCUCCAGCGGCCCAAUCCGGGGAGGGAAAAAAUACUUCCGAUCUCGCCCCAGGAUCAACUGCAUUGUGGUGUGGUCUUCGGCCGUUACAGGCCCCGGUAGCGAGGCGAGACGCCAGCGGCGGCGCACCCAAGCUACCAGUUCGAACAGAAGUUCUAGCCGAGAGCAUCCAUCUGCUGUUCAUUUUAUUUCAAUAAUCGAACCUAACUUCUAGAAUCUAACUGCUGACCAAACUACUCAUGACCGGGUGUCGUUGAUAAGACGUCUUUCCUAAUCUCUUCCGUGCUUUUUUGGGCAAAUCCUCCUCUGCUGUAUAUUGCAUUAAUCAAACUAGUAACGUUAAGUCCUUGGUACUCAAACUCAGUUAGGGCUUUUUUAAUUUCCUCAACAUACCCUUGAGAAUUAACCAAAUCUCUUAUCGCAUUAAUUUCAUCCCUAACGGACUCCAUUGUUUCAAACUUCUUGGUGGCCAUUGUGGAUCUCUGGGUUAGCUCUGGAAACAAUGUUACUUUUGAAAAAUCAAUGGGUCUGUAAACUGGUGUGGUCAUAUAAUGUGUCAAUUAUGUAGAGUUAAGUUUUCUGUAGCUUUAAAGUUACUGUAGUUUUUAAACUUAAGAAUUAUUUGUUAUCUUUACUUAUAGUACUACUUAUGAUUGUUAAUAGCUUAAUUCAAAUUACAAUUGAACGUAGAGUUUCAACUAAAACCUUUGACAAAGGCAACUAAGCAAACAUGCAAACUCAAACUGGACUCUGAUAUUAAUUAAAAUGAAAACUUUAAUACAAGUUUAAGUUUGUUAAUAUUCGAGGCUGACUUUGUGUGUCCAAAGAGAAUGUUGAUGUUGUAGUCGUCCGGUGUUCCUGAUCGUAUUACUGUCGACUGCGUUCAAACCGCUUGCAAGGCAGAUUCCGGUUUGUACAUAUGUUACAUUUGGGUUGCAUUGAAUUCCGUUCGGUUAACAUAUAUUUUUAGAUAUAUAUAUGUUUUUAUGUUUUCUUUGUGAAUUCUCCGGCUGGACCUAUCGAGGAUCGUUCUUUGUUUGUCCUCCAUAGCUUCGGUCGGUGAAAAUCUUUCUUUAGUUUUCUUUUUGAUUCCUAUUUCGUCGUCUGCUAUGUGAGGUGCUUCUUCUCUUCCUUUAUUGUGAAAGGCAAAAUUUUUUGAUCGUGUCUUAUCGUUUGCCAAAAUUACCUCAUCAUAGAAGUUGUCUCUUUCCUCUAUAAUUUUCGUGUUCGUCGUCGCCGUUCGUGUUCGUCCUUUAGCCCAAAGAAAAUCUCUCGGUUUAAAGCCGGUGGCUGAAUGAAUGGUGUUGUUGUACAAAGUACAAGCAAUUACGAGAAUUUCUUUGUGCGUAAGGUCAUUGUACUGGGGCUUUAUACAUCGGAAGAUUUCUGCAACUGUUGAAUGAAAUCUUUCGACCAAACCAUUGCUUUCACUGUGAUUAGCAGGUACGAAAUGCAUCUGUACAUUCAAAUUAUUAACCAUACCUCUUAUGUCGGCUGAUCGAAAUGCAGGUUCGUUAUCAUUUACGAUAAGCUCCGGUGUACCAUAGGUUGAGAGAAGUUUCAGCAGGCCUCUUCUAACAUCGACUAUAUUCCUGGAUUUUAUUGGGAUCAAUACUCCGAAUCUAGAGAACUUAUCUAGGUUACUUAGGUUGCGAUAUUCUCUCGCUGAUAACUAGGUGGGUCCGGUGCAGCUUCCUCUGGAUCUCUUCACUAAUCACCGAUGUACAUUCGGGGAUGGCUCUUCGUGCCGAAAGAAAUCACUUUAAAAAAACCGCACUACAAUUCGAACGACUGCGCCAUUUAAAAUAUCUACCCUCGCAAAGGGUUUUUUAAAAAAGGAGAGAGAACUCGUUACUACUGAGGUGCUGUUCCAUUUUCCACUCACUGAUUUGUUUAUCUUUGCUAAAAUAAUGUCACUUCACUAUAAUGUACUUUUAUUCACUUUUAAGCAAUAGGUAAGAAAUGUUAGAUGCGUUAAACUUAUGCAAUAGUGGUUAAUUAAAAAGAUCAAAAUUACUUACGGUUACUUAGAUUGCGAUAUUCUCUCGCUGUAGAUUCUUAUAAAAUUUUCCGAUAUUCCUUCGGUUGUAGGUUCUGCGGAUCCUUUGGUGUAGUUUAACACGACUCUGCGAUGUUCCCUCGCGGAUGCACUAUUGCGGAACAACUUUAACACUUUGGAUCCUACCGCGACUGCGCCAUUUAAAAUAUCUACCCUCGCAAAUGGGUUUUUGAAAAAGACAGACUCGUUUCACUAUUGAGGUUAAACUAAAAACUAAACUUUAUUUUCGUUCUAACUUUACUCUAAGCCUAACCUAGCUGCUAGCUGCCGAUCGUGAGAAUCCUGUCGAUUUGCUAUUCCCCAGCGCCAGAAAGGCGAUACAAGAUUUGUUUACCGUGUAC